AUGGCGAAUCCGUUGAUUUACAUUGUUUUAUUCUUUUCCUUAUUAUUGCCCUUUUUGAGUAAAUUGUAUUCCAUUAUAAGUAGCCCAACCACCAGCAACAAAAAUCGACCACCCUCCCCACCAAAGUUGCCAAUUAUUGGAAACCUUCACCAGAUCGGGCCACUUGUGCACCAUUCAUUAUUUUCGUUAUCACAACGUUAUGGUAGGGAUCUGAUGCUAGUCUACAUGGGUUCAAUCCCAACAUUGGUGGUCUCAUCACCCGACUCAGCCCGUGAGAUCAUGCAAACCCAUGAUCUCACAUUUGCUAGCAGAGCACCUUUAUAUGUUUACAAGACUCUUUUUUACGAUUCAAAGGAAAUAGCAACCGCCCCUUAUGGUGUAUAUUGGAGACAAGCCAAGAAAAUACUUGUCCACCAUUUUUUGAGUAACAAGAAGCUAAAAAGAUUUAGUGGGCUUAUCGACCGAGAAACUGCCAUUACUAUGCGUAACGUUGUUGAAAAUGCAACAGCGUGUAACAAGCAGGGUGUGAUCAGUUUGGGGGAAAUGUUAUCACAACACGUGAGCAGUGUCUUAUAUAAGACAACGUUUGGCAAACUCCAUGAUGAUGAGGAAAUGGGGAAGAAAUUUAAGAUGGUUUCAAAGGAUUUAUCGAAGGUCUUUGCUACUUUAUAUAUAGUAGGUUUUAUUCCUCAACUUGGAUGGAUUGAUGUAAUCCGAGGUGCACCUAGUAAAGCUAAAGGUCUUGCUAAAAAUAUUGACAAGCUACUUGAAAUAGCGAUUGAAGAGAAGGUCGUAAAAGUGAAAGAUGAUGAUCAUCAUCAUGAGGUUGUUAGUGAAGGCGAGGAACCUCUGAUUGACACAUUGCUUAGACUUCAUAAAGACGGUAGUAUUGGAUGUUUGUUGGAAAGAGAUGCCGUCAAGGCCCUUCUCAUGGACUCUUAUCUUGGUGGGUUAGAAUCAACAUCAGCAUUGUUAGAAUGGGCAAUGGCAGAGCUCCUCAGACACCCUAGUGCACUUAAGAAAGUGCAAGCAGAGAUAAGGAUGGUUGUUAAUUAUGGAAGUAGUAGGCAACACAUAAUAACGGAUGAGGAUAUAAAGCAAAUGAAGGAUCAUAAAGUGUGGGUCGACAGACCUAACGAGUUUGUGCCUGAGAGGUUUCUUGCAUCAUCUAUGGAUUUUGUCAAACAACAUGAUUUCAAGCUUCUUCCAUUCGGUGCGGGACGCAGGAUGUGCCCUGGGGAAGGUUUGGCCUUGACUAUAGCUGAAAACCUGUUGGCAAAUCUGUUGUGUAAAUUUGAUUGGGCCUUACCAGAAGGUGACAUGGACAUGAAUGAAAGAACUGGGCUUGCAACUCAUAAAAAAACCAAACUUCUAGCUUUUGCAAAACCUCACCUCGAUAAUUCAUAA